CGCUAUAUAUUAAUAUCAAUAAUAUAGACUCUUAGCGGCAUCAAAACCCUAUUGAUUCUGUUAACUCGAAUAUUUUCAACAUUAUUGUAUAGUGGAAAAACAUCAGUUAAAUAAUUAGAAACAUUGAGAUAUUCUGUAUUGCAAAAAAAAGGCAAUAUUUUCAGGCUACUGCAAGUGCACAAGAAACGAUGGCCGAACUUGACAAAAUCGAAGUUCGGGAUAUAACCCGCAUCGAACGUAUCGGUGCCCACUCGCAUAUCCGAGGGUUAGGGUUAGACGAUGUUUUGGAAGCACGCGCGGUUUCGCAGGGCAUGGUGGGCCAAAAGGAGGCACGGCGGGCCGCUGGUAUUGUAGUGCAGAUGGCACGCGAAGGCAAAAUAGCUGGACGCUGCAUUUUGCUGGCCGGAGAGCCUAGCACCGGUAAGACGGCUAUCGCCGUCGGUAUGGCUCAGGCAUUGGGCAAUGAAACACCGUUUACUAGUAUGUCCGGCUCGGAAGUAUAUUCGUUAGAGAUGAAUAAAACUGAAGCACUGUCUCAAGCUUUGCGCAAGAGCAUUGGUGUCCGCAUCAAGGAAGAAACUGAAAUCAUCGAGGGAGAGGUAGUGGAGAUUCAAAUAGAUCGUCCUGCCACUGGAACCGGGCAGAAAGUUGGAAAGGUCACAAUUAAAACUACCGAUAUGGAAACUAACUACGAUCUCGGGAACAAGAUCAUUGAAUGCUUCAUGAAGGAAAAAAUUCAAGCUGGGGAUGUCAUUACGAUUGAUAAGGCUUCCGGUAAAGUAAGCAAGCUCGGAAGAAGCUUCACCAGAGCGAGAGAUUAUGAUGCCACUGGAGCUCAAACUAGAUUUGUUCAAUGUCCGGAAGGUGAACUGCAGAAAAGAAAGGAAGUCGUCCACACCGUGACUCUGCACGAAAUUGACGUUAUCAAUAGCCGAACUCAUGGUUUCUUAGCACUUUUCGCAGGUGACACUGGGGAAAUUAAACAGGAAGUGCGUGAUCAAAUCAACAGUAAAGUAUUGGAGUGGCGUGAAGAAGGGAAAGCGGAAAUAAAUCCCGGCGUAUUAUUUAUCGACGAAGCACAUAUGCUAGAUAUUGAAUGUUUCUCGUACCUUAAUAGGGCACUGGAAAGCGAUAUGGCUCCCGUGGUGGUGAUGGCCACCAAUCGUGGCAUUACCAAGAUUCGAGGAACAAAUUAUCGCAGCCCGCAUGGCAUUCCAAUCGAUCUGCUGGAUCGAAUGAUUAUUAUAAGGACCGUUCCAUAUUCUGCUAAAGAAAUCAAAGAAAUUCUUAAGAUCCGCUGUGAAGAGGAAGAUUGUCAAAUCAAGGAUGAUGCAUUGAUGGUGUUGGGCCGUAUUGCAACUGAAACUAGCCUUCGGUAUGCCAUACAAUCGAUAACGACAGCUCACUUGGUAAGCAAACGGCGCAAGGCAACUGAAAUUACGGUAGAGGACAUCCGGAAAGUGUACUCUUUGUUUUUGGAUGAAAAACGUUCGAGUCAGAUUAUGAAAGAAUACCAGGAUGAGUAUAUGUUCUACGAUGAUGCUGUACCACAGUCGGAACAGGCAAUGGACGUUGAGACCAACUAAUUAGUGCUUCGGAAAGUGUUGUUCGAUCUCUUGUAAACCGAAUCAGCCCAGAAGGUGAGAAUAUCCUACUUUUUUUAAUUUUUAACUUUAAGACCAGUGUACAAUGCCUGCUGGUCGAAUGGUUCCCUUGAGAUGAUUCGAGUUAAACUCCAAAGCCAUUAAACAGCAGCAAAAGGUAGGAUUAGUGCAGUAAGGCCCGAUACA